UCCAGCGGUACUUCAGGCUGAACCGGGCCGAGUUCGAUGACCUGCUGACCAGAGUGGGACCCCGGAUAGCGAGGCUAAACGCCUCGCUAUUUGUCUCCGAUACCUUGCCACGGGGGAUUCGUUCAUGACGAUCAGCUUCAGCUAUCGUGUGGGCUCAAGCACUGUGGCAGGUAUUGUUGGGGCUGUGUCCCAGGCCAUUUGGGACUGCCUGGUGGAGGAGUACAUGCCUGUGCCAACCAAGCAGGACUGGAGGGACAUUUCUGAAGGCUUCCUUCAGAGGUGGAACUUCCCUAACUGCUUGGGUUCCAUCGAUGGCAAGCACGUUGUCAUCCAGGCCCCUCACAGCUCAGGGUCACUGUACCACAACUACAAGGGGACAUUCUCCAUCGUUCUUCUUGCGGUUGUGGACGCCGACUGCAUGUUCCGGGUCAUCGAUGUGGGGGGUUACGGUCGCAACAGUGACGGUGGGACCCUGGGCAACUCUGCGUUUGGUUUGGCCCUGAAGAAUGGAACCCUGGACCUCCCAGAGAACUCCAUCAUCCCUGGAGCAGAGCCACGUGGACCACUGCCACACGUGUUCGUAGGCGAUGAGGCCUUUCCUCUGCGGAGCAACCUCCUGCGCCCCUUCCCUGGGACAAACCUCUCCAGGGAGAAGAGGCUCUUCAACUACCGCCUCAGCCGUGCCAGGUUGACAGUAGAGUGUGCCUUUGGCAUACUCUCCAGCCAGUGGAGAAUGUAUCGGCGUGUCAUUGGUGUCAACCCAGCAAAGGCGGAGGCGUGUGUGAAGGCCACCUGCAUCCUCCACAACUACAUCCGGAGGUCCAGGAUAGGUGCCAGGGGAUCUCCUGCAGCCAGUCCUGGUCAGGAGGGGUCUGCUGCUCUUCAGGAGGGUCCACGAGUGGGCAGCAACAAUGCUGCGCGUGCAGCCAUUCGUGUGAGAGAUGCAUUCACUGCAUACUUCAAUGCAGAGGGUGCAGUGCCCUGGCAGAAAAAUGUCAUAUAGCCUGUGGCAUUGAAAACCAAAGGUUCUUUUAAGAGCCACACAUACUAAUCACAAAAAAAGCAAACUGUUCCUAAUGUUAUUUUCAUUAAAUCAGUGUAUGGUUGUGUAGUUUCUUAUUAUCUAAUUUGCACUUAUAAAGACAGUUACAAAAGCAGUAGCGAACAUGUGCUCCUAAAUAGUUAAAUACUGAACAACAAUACUGAACACCCUUCAGUCCAAUCAUUACAGAUUCUUUGUGUAUGUUUAAACAAAAAUUAUACCAACCAUUCAUAUACCAAUUACAUAAAAUGGACACAAGGUCUGUAGUGACAUUUUUAUUUUAUAUAGGUCUGUCACUCUGUGGCCCUCAGCUCAGCCUCUGCCUCAAUAAACAAACGGUGGAUGUUAAAUUUCAGCUCAGAACGCUUGGCUGGUGGCAUUCUCUUUAAUGAAGGGAGGAGGCUUUUAAAAAAAAGAUCAUCCUCGUCUUCCUGUGGCGGUGGUGGUGGUUGAGUUGCAGGUGCUUGAAUAGCCUCAAGCAUUCUCUCCUCAAAAUGUGUGAGCCUCUCCUUCUGCACCCUCUUCCUAGCCUGACUGUGAGAGGAUGCUGGAGGCUGGCCCCUAAUUACAAGGGAAAC